AUGGUAUUACCUAAAGGUUUACCGCCCAAAAAUUCGACUGGACUUGUUGAUUAUAUUCGAAAAUCUGAACAUGUGCCGAUUCUAGUUGGUGUUCGAGCUGAAAGAGAUCGACUUAUUCGAGUUUUGAAAAUUGCCGUAGAACACGACAAUCGAAUACGUUCUAUUCACCAUGCUAUGGUUUAUCAUACUGGUGUCCAAGCGACCGUUGAAUUACAUAUUGUGAUGGAUGAGAGCCUUUCUUUAAAGAUUACCCACGACAUUUCCCAUUCGCUGCAAGAGAAGCUUUUAAAGCUUGACUUUGUUGAACGAGCAUUUGUUCACUGUGACUACGAUUGCGAUGAAUAG